AGUUUUGGCGAGACAUAUUGCUAAAAGUUUAGGAAAAAUGUUGAAAUUAAAUGGCGCCAAGGAGUUCCAUAAGAAAGUAAUAUUAUUUUCAACAUUUUUCCUAAACUUUUAGCAAUAUGUCUCGUCAAAACUAGAAGAUCUUCUGCAUUAUCGAGUGUGCUGAAGACGAAAAAGCACUUUUCCGCGACUCUAGAUGAAUUUUUGUUUUCCUUCACGUUGAUAUGAACGUCGACGAAAAUAAAUCUAGUCAGUACUUUUGGUGACGCGCAGUUAUUUGUAGGAUUUACGCACUCAAAAAGUAGAAAUCACAAACGCGCGCAUUUUUUACUGUUGUCGUCCAACGACUUUGAUUUAUACAACGAGAAAGUGGGGUAUUCAAUUUCUUGUUCAACUGUGUGUUUUCUAGGUGUAUUUACAAACGCUCCAUCUAUUCAUUAUACGUCACCUUCACACGAUGAAGAUACACAUUCUCGUUCCAAUGUAAUAAUUAGAAAACGUCAUCGUUUGGGUGGUAGUCACGAGAAAAUGUUUACAGCUGAAACAGCCUGUUCCUCGUCAUAUCCUCAAAAACAGCUGUCAAGUAUAGACGGGCAUCAAACAGCAAGUCAAUUGGAUUCAACAAGUUAUGACAGUGAUUUAGACAAGUCAACAGAAGAUUUAGAUUUUGAUGGUGAAUAUGACGAAGAACAAUUACUACAAGAAGAAAAUGAACAACAAAAACUAAUUAUUUCUCGUCAACAAAAUGUAUUAUGGUGCAUUGUUCGAGAAUGGCUAAGAAAAGAAGAGAUUUAUAUUAAACAACUGGAUGAUUUACUAAUGCAGUUGAAUUGUGUCUCCUGUGAGACUUGUAUAACGAUAAUUGAAAAAUUACUUAAACUACAUAAAAAUGUUUAUCUUGAAAUCAACUUAUUAGGAGAAAAACGAGCACAAAAUGAACAUCCAUCGAAUAUUACAAAACAACUAACACAUGCCAUUAGCGAACUUAUGCUCACAUUAAAAAUAUACAAUGACUAUUUACGAGUGAAUUUAGCACCAGUGAGAAAAAUAUUAGAGAAGAAAAAUACUCUUACUGGUGGUUAUACAGCUGAAGACAUUUUAUCUGUUCCACCCAAACAAUUUCUUCAAAUUUUAUCGCAAGUUCAAGAUUUAUAUCAUACAGCUCAAACUUUUGAUUGUGAUUCAGAUAAUAUUCGAAAAUUAUACGAAUUUGCUGAACACACUAAAACAUAUACUAAUGUAACAGAUGAAAAUUUUAAUAAGAUCAUUUUGAAAAGUGAAGAUGUCGUCAUAUUAGUUGAUCGGGGUGGUCGAUUAAGAUGUCGAUUGUUUCUCUAUCCAGAUUCCAUCGUUUGUUGUACAGUCAAACAGAAAUUAUUAGUCAUUAGCCCAAAAUAUCAAGUAUCUUGGUUUAUUUCAAUGAAUGAUCUACAUUGGUCUAUUCCCGUGUCAGAUGAUGAUUUACAAACCGGUGACGAUUCAGUCAGAUCAAAACUAAAAUCAUCGUAUCGAGAAUUAGAAAAAAUGAAUCCAGAAGCUAACAAUAAUUUGACAUCGCGUUUGACAAAGAGCACUCGUAAACUCGAAAAUGAGUAUAAUUUAUCACAAUCAAAAUUAAAAUUAUUGUUGAGUAGUCAUCCACCUCAGGCACAAUCAUUGCUAACAUCUCGUACAACCAACAAACAUACAGAUACUCAAUAUUCAUCGAAUCAAACAUCGGCCAAUGAUAAAUAUAUUCUAUUUUCAUCCGCUUAUCAACGUCAGGAAUGGAUCGAUACGAUUGAUAAAGCGAAAAAUGAAUUACUGCAACGUUCACCGCGUCAGUUAACAUUGUCAAAAUAUCCUUUAUCAGAAUCCAUCAUACAGAAAAGAGUUGAUGUUAUUAAACCACAUUUACAGGAUGGUGAAGGAAAACAAACACUUCAAUCGAAUCAUCCUCAAACAGCCAAAACAUAUAGUGGAACAUUAAAUAUAACAAUUCAGAGUGCACAAGGACAAGCAUUGACUAGACAAACUCAAAGCUUGGAUGCUCGAUCUCAACGCCAAAUAAUAUCAUCAUCGAAACAAGAUCAUCAACAGAAACAUUAUCAACUCUAUGUAGCACUUGAAAUUGAUUCUUACAACACAUUCUAUCCAUAUGCACAAACAAAACCAAAACAAAUCACAUAUUCAAAUAAACAUGGAGAUUAUGUUGAAUUUAAAGGAGAAACAUUUGGCGUUGAAUUAGAAUAUUCACUGGCAUUUCGUUUACUUGUUUAUCGCAUUGAUUUACCUACAACGCCCAAUAAUGGAAGUUUACCACGAUCACAAUGUAUUGGGAAAUUUCAUAGAAAUAUUGAAACAGCUUUACAUGAGAGUGACCGAAAUGGUGGUGAUAGCCAGUUGUCGAUGGAAUCAUCGAAUGGAGAUUUAAAAUUAAAAAUUCAACUCAGAUAUUACAAACGAGAAGGAACGUUUAAACGACGAAAAUCGAAAAGAAGUUUAGCCGUAUUUGGAAAAUCGAUCGAUAAACUUUUGAAUACACAGGAUGGAAGCGUUGAGUAUAUUCCUCGUAUUGUUGCAAAAUGUAUUGAAAUCGUUGAACGUGAUGGUCUUAAAGAAACUGGUAUUUAUCGUGUAUGUUGUGUCGCAUCGGAACUACAUAAGUUACGUCGACACUUCGAUCAAUCUUAUUCGACAGCCGAAUCUAUAUUAGAACAGAAAAAUGUUCAUGUAGCAGCGAAUCUAUUAAAAUUAUUUUUUCGUGAGCUUCCCGAACCUCUAUUUACUACACAACUUUAUUCUUUAUUCUUACGUGCAAUACAAAUGAACGAUCCGGAUAAUCAACGUUUAUCAUUAUUAGAAAAUGUAUCAAAUUUAACACACACAAAUCGACAAAUAUUAUAUUAUCUUUUAGAUCAUUUAAUUCGUAUUAGUCAGCAUUCACAACAGAACAUGAUGCAUUUAGAAAAUUUAGCCGUUGUAUUUGGUCCAACACUGAUGAGACCAUCAAAAUUAGUUGAUUUAGGUAGUAGAAAUUAUGUACGUAGUGGAUCAAGUCACCAUUUGAAUAAACUUAUACCCAAUGGCAAACAAGAAACAGAUUUAGAUCAAAUGACAAAUGAACUUCAAGGAAGUAUGCUACAAUGUCAAGUCGUUUUGCAAUGUUUGAAAUUAAGAAGAGAUCAUCAACUUAUUUGA